AUGAACGAAGCCUUGCCGGGUAAAUCCCCGCAGGCCGCUCGUCCCCUGUGUUCACCGGUCAAGCUUCCAGAUGACUUUAAUAGCUCAUCCUAUUACGGGCUUGAUCUCUUGUUUGGAGCUUCUGCAGCAUCGGAGGGCGGGCGUGAGCGAUCUGAUGCUGAAGCCCCAUCUGAGCUAGAGACCUGCAGAGCUGCAGUCUCCCCUUACGUGGAGCCCACCUCAGAAUCCUCCCUAUGUAGUACUCCCUCUAGUUUCCAGUCUCUCUCAGCACCUCCUGAAUCUACAGACGGAAAUGAUGAUCCCUUCAGUUCUCUCAUAUCUUUUGAUGGUCUGAGAGAAUCUGUACAGCAGCUUAAAGACAAACUGGAGGAUUUCUGCAAAGAGGAGCUCAAGAAGAUCUCAGACAGAGUCACAUUCACCAACAAUUAUCCCAGGACCAGGAACGGCUUCCUACAAUAUUCCCAUCAGCUCACUCUGGAUCUGAACACGGCACAUAAAGACCUCCGUCUGUCUGAGAACAACAGAGUGAUUACUUACACUGGCACAGUCCAGUCAUAUCCUGAUCAUCCAGACAGAUUUAAUGUGUUUGCUCAAGUGUUGUGUAGAGAGAGUGUGUGUGGACGCUGUUACUGGGAGCUGGAAUGGAGUGGAGAUUAUGGUGUGCGAAUAUCAGUGUCAUAUAAGAGCAUCAGCAGGAAGGGAUCGAGUAAUGAGUGUGGGUUUGGCUGCAAUGAUCAGUCCUGGAGUUUGAUCUGCUCUCCUGACAAUUGCUCAUUCACACACAAUAACAUAAAGUCUGUUCUCCCUGUGAAGUCCAUCAGCAGUAGAAUAGGAGUGUAUGUGGAUCACAGUGCAGGAACUCUGUCCUUCUACAGCGUCUCUGACACAAUGAGCCUCAUCCACACAGUCCAGACCACAUUCACUCAGCCGCUCUAUCCUGGGUUUUGUGUUAAUUAUAAAUCAUCUGUGAAACUGUGUUGAUGAAUCAGAAUAGACUGAUGAGAG